UUCGCCGACCACCCCUUUGCCCAACAAGUCCGCGACUGGGCCACCCGCUUCGGCGGCCUCAACACCAACCACAACAACACCGGCGCCCGCGACGGUGGCGCCGACGACGACAACAACAACGACAUCGACUCGGCAUUCACGCCCCCCGUCGAUAUCUUCUCCACAGAACGUGCCUACGUGCUGCACUUUGCCCUCCCCGGCGCCAAGAAGGAGGACGUCGGCGUGAACUGGGACGCCGACAAGGGCGAGCUCCGCGUCGCGGGCGUGGUGUACCGCCCCGGCGACGAGGAGUUCCUGGCGACGAUGGCGUCUGGGGAGAGACGGAUCGGUAUGUUUAGCCGGUCUGUGCCGCUGCCGCCUCGUACGCGCAACGCAGCGUCUACCUCUGAGGAGAUUGACGCGCUCGCCAUCACGGCCAAGAUGGAGGAUGGUAUCCUCGUCGUGACUGUGCCCAAGGUGGAGAAGGAGUGGACGGAGAUCCACAAGGUCGAUAUCGAGUAG